CCAGGUCGCUUUCGUCUGUCAGCUACUAAUUACUGCUUCCGGUAGAUCAUCACUCGUUCUGAUCUUCCAAGCAUUCAUACUGCUGGUUCCCACAUUCGCUCGCUCUAACUCGACAGUCGUUCGCUCAGCAGAUUCUACCGGUCGCAACAUACGUGUCAAGGAUCCAUCAAAUCUACUGAUCGUCAACCUCCACACUUCAAGAUGAAGGUGCGAUCACAAGCUGCCGCCGCAGCGUUGGCUGUUGCCGGCGUGUCUGCGCAGGCAGGAUACCCAGCUGAAUCGCCACUCUCAUAUACCACAGUCACAUACAAUGACUGCCCAACAGCAUCGAUCGAGACGAUGAUCACUGUCACCGAAGGUGUCACUGCUACAUACUGCCCAAAGUGCCACCACGAUGAGUCUUCGGGUGUCCCCACGCCGACAAAGCACACGACUGUCUACACUACGGUCUACCAAUCUAUUUGCGAGACUGGACUUGCUCCAGUGACACACACCAUCACCGAGACAUGCGACGGUCCAGAGCCUACAUGGACCCACGGUCCAGACUACGUGCCACCAGGAUUCACAACUACUGUUAAGGAGUGCCAGGCCUGCAAGGGCGCUAUGCCAACGAAGCCUGUCCUGGUGACAGUCACCGAGCCAUGCGAUUGCGAGGCUACCAGCGGCACCUCUGUAGGACCCACGCCAACCGGUCCUCCAGGCCAAUACCCUCCACCAGGAGGCGACAACGGAGGCGACAACGGCAGCACUCCUCCCAAGCCAAGCGGCGGAGACGACUCUGGCAACCCACCACCAGGCGGCAACGUCCCAACUGGCCCAGGCGUCACUGCACCAACUGCUGCACCAUACCCAACGCCUAGCACGACUGUGAAAUGCCCUGGACCAGAGUGCGUCGCCACCGGCAGCAGCGGUCUGCCACCUCCAGCUGGCGAGACUGGCGCCACACCACCACCAUACCAGGGUGCUGCCUCAUCAUACGGCCACUUUGGCUUCGCUGCGCUGUCUAUUGUUAUUGGCACUUUGGCUUUCGCACUAUGAGUUGGGUGAAUUUGGGAACUGCGUAAUGGGCUGUUGACGCUCCACUUUUUAAUGCAUCUUGAAACGGGCGGACAUGUGAGCUUGGUUGGAGAGACACCGGAUGUCACAUCGUUACUUUUUGUUGUCGAGCGUGGCUGGCACUCGAAAGAGUUGAACUCGGGUACGUGGUGAUCGAGCAGGCACAAAUGGUCCAGAGUCAACAAGGUCCAAAUUUUAGCAUUUGUUGGUAGUAUAGCAAAGCAGAGACAAGAAAUGGUAUUUUUGUUAACAGUUC